GGAUGUGUUUGGAUAUCAUGCCAAUAAUGAGGAUCAAGUUUGGAGUUUUGUUUUUGCUGGCCCAGUGGGUGGUCUGCUCUGAUGCUUGGUUCUGGUUCCGGACUGGCACCACAACAUUGCCCCCAGUAGUGGAGCAGGAGGGGUCUGGCAGUCCAGCAGGUAGUGGGGAGCUGCCAUCUGAGAGCAAUGCAAGUUUUGGAGCAGAGAUUAUUGAUGAAGAACUUGGAAUCUAUAAGACUGAGCAAACUUGGGCAGAGACCACCAGGACUCCUGAACUGACUACUGCAAUUCCCUCAGUGCAACCAGAGAGUGAAUAUGCAUCAGAAAAGACCACUCAAAGGAUUUCAUCAGACACAAUUAAACAUGACGACAGCGUCUCACUGCUGGAACUGAUUGGGGAUCCACCUCCAGAUGAAAUCCCCAAGGUUGAAGGACCCGACAACAAGCCUGGCUACCUCUUUGGUCCAGACACCAGCACAGGCCAACUGGCCCUCGCCCACUUCCCAAGCUCAUUCUACAGAAACUUUGCACUCAUCUUCAGUGUGAAACCCACUUCUGACAAUGGUGGGGUCCUCUUCUCCAUCACAGAUUCGUCCCAGGAGAUCAUGCAUGUGGGUGUUAGACUUUCAGCUGUGCAGGAAGACAAACAGGAGGUCAUUUUUUAUUACACCGAGACGAACUCGGCGCAGUCCAAAGAAGCAGCCAGGUUCCACGUGCCCUCAAUGACCGAGACCUGGAACCGGUUUGCUAUUUCUGUGAGGGACGACAAGGUGACGUUGUACCUUAACUGUGACGGAGAGCCUCAAGUGAAGCGCAUGAAGAGAUCCACGGAGAAGAUGGAGCUGAAGCUUGGUGCUGGGGUCUUUGUUGGGCGAACUGGAGGGUCGAAACCUGACAAGUUUGAGGGUGUGAUCAGUGAGCUGAGGGUGGUGGGAGACCCCCGUGCUGCCGAGAGACUCUGUGAGGAAGAGGAAGAUGAUUCAGAUAUGGCUUCAGGAGAAGGAAGUGGCAAUGAAGAAAGCAGACUCCCGAGUCAUUACAUGGACAAGCCCAGAUAUACGACUGCGUCUCCGUCUUUUCCACCCAUCCCGCAGCCACCUCCGAGAAGGAAAGGGGAGGAAGUGAUCAUCAAAGAAACUGCUGGUGACUCAGAGCAAUUUUUAGUUUCCGUGGACUCCAAGUCCAGACAUCUUGGUUCAGCAGGAGAGAAGGGAGACAGAGGGGACAAAGGCGAGAAAGGAGACCGGGGUCCAUUUGGACCAAAGGGAGAAGCAGGUUCUGCCUUCAACUCACGGGAGGCAAACCGUGGAGACAAGGGAGAACCUGGUGAAAAGGGAACAAAGGGCAACGCAGGCUUUGGAUAUCAGGGCAUAAAGGGUGAGCCUGGCCUUCCAGGACCCCCUGGUCCUCCGGGUUCACCAGGGCCUGCUACAGAGUAUUCAGUUGGAAGUGACGGGUCGGUUGUUUCAAGAGCUUCUGGACCGCAGGGACCACCUGGUCGACCAGGCCUCCAAGGACCUCCAGGAGAAGAUGGCGAGCCAGGGGAUCCUGGUGAGGAUGGAAAAACUGGGCCUCAGGGACCCCCAGGUUUCCCAGGAACCCCAGGUGACCCUGGGUCCAAAGGAGAGAAGGGUGACCGUGGAGAGGGUCAACCAGGCCCCAGAGGACCCCCAGGUCCACCAGGACCAGGGUUCAGAUCUACCUUUGAGGACAUGGAGGCCUCUGGAUUCCCUGAUCUGGAAAGGGUUCAGGGACCUCCUGGUCCACCAGGGCCCCCUGGGCCUCCAGGACCUCCUGGUUCUUCUGUAUCAGGCACAGCAUCGAGUUCUGGAACAUUUGGACCCACAGGCAAGGAUGGAGCACCCGGUCAACCUGGCUUACCGGGUUUGCCAGGUGCUGACGGCCUCCCAGGAGCUCCUGGUUCCAAGGGAGAAAAGGGGGAUUCAGGUGAUCUGGGGCUUCCAGGAGCAAUUGGACAAAAGGGCGCUCCAGGAGAGCCUGGAUUACCAGGACCAGCAGGUCAGACUGGACUGGCUGGUCUUCCAGGACCCAUGGGACCGAUUGGGCGACCCGGACCACCAGGGCUCCCUGGACCAAGUUUUCGUGUUGGAUUUGAAGACGUAGAGGUGUACCGUAAAAGUUCCACCGGCAUCAGAGGACCAGAAGGAUUACAGGGUCUGCCUGGUUUACCUGGACACCCAGGUCAACCUGGUUUUCCUGGCACAGAAGGUCCAAAGGGCGACCAGGGUCCUGCUGGAAAAGAUGGGCUACCAGGUCUGGAUGGUUUCCCUGGGCCUCCGGGCCAAAAGGGGGACAGAGGGGACAAAGGAGAGAGGGGUGAGCCAGGUCGAGAUGGAACCGGAUCACCAGGUGUACCUGGUCCCCCCGGACCACCAGGACAAAUCAUCUACCAGCCGUCUGACAAUUUUGAUAACUUUGCUGGCAGCACCGGACCCCAGGGCGGAGCUGGUUUACCCGGCAGAGCUGGAUUUCCUGGUCCUGUUGGACCAAAAGGUGACAGAGGGGACCCUGGUCCACCAGGUUAUGCGCUGAAGGGUGAAAAAGGGGAGCCAGGUUUUAUAAUUGGACCUGAUGGGAAUCCUUUGUAUCUGGGAGGACUAACUGGCCCGAAGGGAGACAGAGGACCUCCCGGGCCUGUUGGACCUACAGGUUCACAUGGGCCUUCUGGGAAAAAGGGUGAAUUUGGAAUGCCUGGAAGACCUGGUCGCCCAGGUGUGAACGGAUACAAGGGUGAUAAAGGAGAGCCAGGAGGAGGCGCAGGUUAUGGCCAUCCAGGAGUUCCUGGACCACCAGGGCCUCCUGGACCCCCUGGACCAUCCAUUCCUUUAGAUCGCUUCAAUCGUUAUGAUGAAGCUUCAAGGAAUUAUCAAGCAAUUAAAGGGGAAAAAGGAGAACGUGGACUUCCUGGGAUCCCUGGGACGGCCACAAACUUUGAUAUUUAUGCAUUUAAGAAUGAACUGAAAGGAGAACGUGGAGACUCUGGUGUCAAGGGAGAAAAGGGAGAGACUGGUGCUGGAUAUUAUGACCCACAUUUUGGAGGAUUACAGGGCCCACCAGGACCUCCUGGUAGCCCCGGCCUACCAGGUCCAAAAGGAGACUCUAUAAUGGGCCCUCCAGGGCCCCAGGGACCAAUAGGGCCCCCAGGGGUUGGUUAUGAUGGGCGUCCUGGUCCUGCGGGACCACCUGGUCCUCCUGGACCCCCUGGGUCUUCCACAUUUUCUGGAUCAUAUCAGCCUAAUUACCCUGCCAGUGUCCCUGGACCCCCCGGUCCCCCUGGUCCACCUGGAAGUCCUGGUCACUCAUCUGGGGUCGCAGUGUUGAGGUCAUAUGACACAAUGAUCGCUACGGCCAGGCAGCAGCCAGAGGGCAGUCUGAUAUACAUCCUAGACAACGCAGACCUUUAUUUGAGAGUGCGUGAUGGACUGCGACAAGUCGUGCUUGGAGAGUAUAGUUCCUUCUUUGGAGAUUUGGGCAACGAGGUGGCAGAAGUCCAGCCUCCACCUGUGAUUUUGUAUCCCCACACCCCAGACCGGCCCCACAGCAACGGAGCGGGCCAUUACUCGGAGAGCGGUUCUGUCAUCCGACCUGUUGAGCCCCCCCAGGAGCGACCCAAUCCACCGGUGCCUGGUCCUGCCGUUCGUGUUGAAACAUUAGACUCAGGGCUGCACCUGGUUGCCUUGAACGCCCCUCAGACUGGUAACAUGCGAGGAAUUCGAGGCGCAGACUUCAUGUGCUUCCAGCAGGCUCGUGCUGUAGGACUGAAGGGAACCUUCAGAGCCUUCCUGUCCUCCAGGCUUCAGGACCUCUACACUAUCGUACGCAGGUUGGACAGGGACCGCUUCCCCAUCGUCAACCUCAAGAACCAAGUGUUGUUUAACAGUUGGGAGUCGAUCUUCAGUGACGACAGCAGCAAAAUGAGGGAAAACAUACCCAUUUACUCCUUUGAUGGUAGAGACAUCCUCAGGGACAGUGCGUGGCCGGAGAAAAUGAUCUGGCACGGGUCGAGCAGUAAGGGCCAUCGGCAAAUGGAGCACUACUGCGAAACGUGGCGUGCAGGCGACCGCGCCGUGACGGGUCUGGCAUCCCCGCUGCAGAGCGGCCACCUCCUGCAGCAGAUCCCCAGCAGCUGCUCGGGCUCCCACAUCGUGCUCUGCAUCGAGAACGCCUUCAUGACCCCUUCCAAAAAAUAAAUCCACCAUCGUGGUUUUUUUUUGUUUGUGUGUGUCUUCUGGGCCCUACUUUUUUUAAAAUUAUUAUUAUAUCCAAGCAAGCAUGCGUUUUGGUUUAUUCCCAUUUAGUUUCAUGAUAAUGCAGCUUGCGAACACGUGGCGUCCGCAGACCCGACCCUGAGGCAUUCCAGUUUGGACUCAGCAUAAACGCAGAAGAGAAGGGUCAAACAGAGGGUUGCUCCCUCUCCUCAGAAACUUGGCACAUCAUUUUCUUUAAGGUGCAGAACAAUAUUGCUCCCAAAUUAAGUUCUUUUGUUGUUAUGUAUACUUUGUUUGUCCGGUGUCUUCUUCUUCAUGUUAUCAAAAGUUUGCCUCUUUUGAACUGAUUAAAACCCCCCUUUUUUUUUUUUUUCUAAAACCAGUGUAGAAUUUGAAGAGUUGAUGGAGUUCAGCGAAAUCUUUAAGUUUUAAAAUAUUAAAAAGAUAAUAGAUAUUUAUUUUUAAACUAAAGGACAAAUAAAUGUUUUUUUUUUACACAAUGCAGAACUUUUAUUUCUUUCGUCAGAAACUGUGCCUUAUGACACAUCCAGAAAACUCGUGAACAGAAAUAAUCUGCAGAUCAGCACAUGUU